GCUCACGGGCCGCAUCUUGUGCCGCUGCGCCAAGCCCAGCCCUGCGCCGCCAUGGCCCCAGUGCAGCUGGAGAACCACCAGCUGGUCCCGCCCGGAGGCGGUGGCGGGGGCAGCGGCGGCCCCGCGUCAGCCCCGGCGCCUCCACCCCCAGGAGCGGCUGUGGCGGCGGCCGCGGCGGCUGCAGCGAGUCCUGGCUACCGGCUGAGCACCCUCAUCGAAUUUCUGCUGCACCGGGCCUACUCGGAGCUCAUGGUGUUGACGGACCUGCUGCCAAGGAAAUCUGAUGUGGAAAGGAAAAUAGAAAUAGUGCAGUUUGCUAGCCGGACACGCCAACUCUUUGUUCGAUUAUUAGCUCUAGUAAAAUGGGCUAAUAAUGCUGGCAAAGUGGAAAAAUGUGCGAUGAUAUCAAGCUUUUUAGAUCAGCAAGCCAUCCUCUUUGUGGACACUGCUGAUCGCCUGGCGUCAUUAGCUAGAGAUGCCCUGGUCCAUGCACGUCUGCCUAGUUUUGCCAUCCCAUAUGCCAUUGAUGUACUGACUACUGGGUCUUACCCACGGCUGCCCACCUGCAUUAGGGAUAAAAUUAUUCCUCCAGAUCCAAUUACCAAAAUUGAGAAACAAGCCACACUUCACCAACUGAACCAGAUUCUUAGACAUCGGCUUGUAACUACAGAUCUUCCGCCUCAGUUAGCCAAUCUUACAGUUGCAAAUGGCCGAGUGAAGUUUAGAGUUGAAGGAGAAUUUGAAGCCACCUUGACCGUGAUGGGAGAUGACCCUGAUGUUCCAUGGCGUCUUCUCAAGCUAGAAAUUCUCGUUGAGGAUAAGGAAACAGGAGAUGGGCGAGCCUUGGUUCAUAGUAUGCAAAUCAACUUUAUCCAUCAGCUGGUACAGUCUAGGCUUUUUGCUGAUGAGAAACCUCUUCAGGACAUGUACAACUGCCUACAUUCUUUCUGCUUAUCACUUCAGUUAGAAGUGCUACAUUCCCAAGCUCUGAUGUAUCGAGAGCGGUGGGGAGACCUUGUGCAGGUGGAAAGGUAUCAUACUGGAAAGUGCCUUUCCCUCUCAGUUUGGAAUCAGCAAGUUCUUGGGAGAAAAACAGGAACGGCAUCUGUUCACAAAGUUACAAUUAAAAUUGAUGAGAAUGAUGUCUCCAAGCCUUUACAGAUUUUCCAUGAUCCUCCUUUGCCAGCUUCUGAUUCCAAAUUAGUAGAAAGAGCCAUGAAGAUUGAUCACUUAUCAAUAGAAAAACUCCUGAUUGACAGUGUGCAUGCGAGGGCUAAUCAGAAGCUCCAGGAACUGAAGGCCAUUCUUAGAGGCUUCAAUGCCAAUGAAAACUGUAGGUUCCUUUACACGACACUAGAUGACAUGGAGAAAUCUGUGAAUGAUGAUAUGAAACGGAUCAUUCCUUGGAUUCAGCAACUUAAGUUUUGGCUUGGACAACAGCGUUGUAAACAGUCUAUUAAACAUCUCCCUACAAUAAGCACUGAAACAUUGCAGCUGUCCAAUUACUCAACCCAUCCUAUUGGAAACCUUUCGAAGAAUAAACUGUUCAUUAAGCUUACCCGUCUUCCACAAUACUACAUUGUUGUGGAAAUGUUGGAGGUUCCCAAUAAACCCACACAGCUGUCAUACAAGUACUACUUCCUGUCUGUGAGUGCUACAGACCGUGAAGACAGCCCUGUGGUGGCACUCCAGCUGCAGCAGUUCAAGGAAAAUAUCCAGGACUUGGUUUUUCGUACAAAAACUGGGAAACAGCCCAGAACCGGUACCAAGCGCAAGUUGUCUGAUGAUCCAUGUCCGGUAGAAUCCAAGAAAACCAAACGAUCAGGAGAAACGUGUGCCUUCAAUAAAGUUUUAGCUCACUUUGUCGCUAUGUGUGAUACAAAUAUGCCAUUUGUAGGACUUCGGUUAGAGUUGUCUAAUCUGGAGAUUCCACAUCAAGGAGUGCAAAUGGAAGGUGAUGGCUUCAGCCACGCAAUUCGCUUACUGAAAAUUCCUCCCUGUAAGGGUGUAAAUGAGGAAACCCAAAAAGCUCUGGACCGUUCUCUUCUCGAUUGCACUUUUCGAUUACAAGGUAGAAAUAACCGCACAUGGGUGGCAGAGUUAGUGUUUGCAAAUUGUCCACUUAAUGGCACUUCUACCAGGGAGCAAGGACCAUCCCGGCAUGUUUAUCUGACAUAUGAAAACCUGUUAUCUGAACCAGUUGGUGGUCGAAAAGUGGUUGAAAUGUUCCUUAAUGACUGGAAUAGCAUUGCACGAUUAUAUGAGUGUGUUUUAGAAUUUGCACGGUCUCUACCAGACAUACCUGCUCAUUUAAAUAUUUUCUCAGAAGUUCGUGUUUAUAAUUACCGAAAACUUAUCUUGUGUUAUGGAACCACCAAGGGAAGCUCAAUUAGUAUCCAGUGGAAUUCCAUACAUCAGAAAUUUCACAUUUCUUUGGGAACUGUUGGCCCAAACUCAGGUUGCAGUAACUGUCACAAUACCAUUCUCCAUCAGCUUCAAGAAAUGUUCAACAAAACACCAAAUGUGGUUCAAUUAUUACAGGUACUGUUUGAUACUCAGGCUCCGUUAAAUGCCAUCAACAAACUCCCCACUGUGCCGAUGUUGGGCUUGACCCAGAGAACCAACACUGCCUACCAGUGCUUCUCCAUUCUGCCACAGUCAUCCACCCACAUCAGGCUGGCCUUCAGGAACAUGUAUUGCAUUGAUAUAUACUGUCGGAGUCGAGGUGUUGUGGCAAUACGGGAUGGUGCCUAUAGUCUUUUUGAUAAUAGCAAGUUAGUAGAAGGUUUUUAUCCUGCACCAGGACUAAAGACAUUCCUGAAUAUGUUUGUUGACAGCAAUCAGGAUGCUCGAAGAAGGUCUGUGAAUGAGGAUGAUAAUCCCCCUUCUCCCAUAGGAGGAGAUAUGAUGGAUUCUUUAAUCUCACAGAUCCAGCCACCACCCCAGCAACAGCCAUUUCCAAAGCAGCCCGGAUCAUCAGGCGCUUAUCCUCUUACUUCGCCCCCUACAUCUUAUCACAGUACAGUUAACCAGUCUCCUUCUAUGAUGCAUACACCCUCUCCAGGAAAUCUGCAUGCUGCCAACUCCCCCAGUGGGGCUUUGAGAGCCCCAUCACCAGCGUCAUUUGUUCCAACUCCUCCCCCAUCCUCACAUGGAAUCUCAAUAGGACCAGGGGCCAGUUUUGCUAGUCCUCAUGGAACUCUGGACCCUAGUUCUCCAUACACUAUGGUGUCGCCAAGUGGACGAGUAGGGAACUGGCCAGGAUCUCCUCAAGUGUCCGGCCCCUCACCAGCAACACGCAUGCCUGGAAUGUCACCAGCCAAUCCAUCACUACAUUCUCCGGUUCCUGAUGCUUCUCAUUCCCCUAGAGCUGGAACUAGUUCCCAAAUGAUGCCAACAAACAUGCCUCCGCCUCGUAAACUACCUCAGCGCCCCUGGGCGGCCUCCAUACCCACCAUCCUCACUCACAGUGCCUUGAACAUUUUACUGCUGCCCUCUCCAACGCCAGGCCUCGUGCCUGGCCUCGCAGGUAGCUACCUUUGUUCUCCACUUGAGAGAUUCCUUGGAUCAGUCAUCAUGAGGCGACACCUUCAAAGAAUUAUUCAACAAGAAACGCUACAAUUGAUAAAUUCCAAUGAACCCGGAGUGAUCAUGUUUAAGACUGAUGCGCUGAAAUGCAGAGUAGCCCUUAGUCCCAAAACCAACCAAACACUUCAGCUAAAAGUGACACCUGAAAAUGCAGGACAGUGGAAACCUGAUGAACUUCAAGUUUUAGAGAAAUUCUUUGAAACAAGAGUUGCAGGACCGCCAUUUAAAGCCAAUACUUUAAUAGCCUUCACCAAGUUGUUAGGAGCUCCUACACACAUCCUCAGGGACUGUGUGCAUAUUAUGAAGCUAGAGCUGUUCCCUGACCAGGCAACACAGCUUAAAUGGAAUGUUCAGUUCUGCUUAACGAUCCCUCCCAGCGCACCGCCAAUUGCACCUCCUGGGACGCCUGCUGUGGUGCUGAAAUCCAAAAUGCUAUUUUUUCUUCAACUAACUCAGAAAACGUCAGUCCCUCCCCAAGAACCUGUUAGUAUUAUAGUUCCCAUCAUUUAUGACAUGGCUUCAGGCACAACCCAGCAGGCAGACAUUCCCAGACAGCAGAACUCUUCUGUUGCUGCUCCCAUGAUGGUCAGCAACAUUCUGAAGAGAUUUGCAGAGAUGAACCCACCACGACAAGGUGAAUGCACAAUAUUUGCAGCUGUUCGUGAUUUAAUGGCUAAUCUUACACUGCCCCCUGGUGGGCGUCCAUAGACACUAUUGUUUUUAAACCAGGAAGGCUGACAAAUGAGACAAAACAACAAAAAAAAAAAAACAAAACAAAACUGAAUUCAGCCUUCAGUUUAAAAAAGAAAAAAAGGACUUUUUUUGACUUUAAGAGCUAAAUAUUCUAAACUGGCAAAAUUUUUCAGGGUGCACUUCUUUCAUCAAAAAGACCAUCAAUCUUUUGUAUAGUGAACUUGUAUAGUGUGUUUAAAUGGGACACCUUUCAAUCUAGGUAAUACAUCAGUGUCCGCUUGCCAGUAAUAGAUUUAAUAUUCUGUUUUAUACUAUAAAGUUAUGGAAAUGCCAAACUUGUUUAUUUAAUUGUUUUCUUAUGUUUUUGGGUGUAAUAGUCCUUUUUUGGUUUUUGUUUUGUUUUUUAAGGCAGGUCUGUCAUUUUUGAAUACUGUAAAACUGUGAUAAACUUUAUAUUGAAGCUGUAUUUUAAUAUGAUCGCUUUGAAACCUUACAUGAAAAUGUUUUGGGAGUUGUUAUAAACACAUCCCAAAGAAGCAAUAUUUAAUAAAACUAGGUUAAAAGCAAACAAACAAACAGUGACACUCACUUGUGUGUAUAUCAGCUUUAUAGACUUCUCAGGGCCUCCCUUCAUCUUUAAUCUGGUGGGGCCAGUAAUUAAUUUCUAAUGAUACGUGUCUGAAAUUUGACCAGAACGUCUACUUUUUUAUUUCAAGCUUAAUUCAUUUUCUUCAAACAUUCCUAACUUGACUGGUGAUUAACAUCUAGCACCUUGGUUGUCUUUCAGUAUAGGAUUUGAGUAAAAUAAAAGAAUCCAGUCUUUGAGAAGAAACAGUAAACUAGCUCAUGGAUCAAGGAUCCCAGAUACUGCAAUCAUUCUCAUCUGUUGAGGAUGUGGGAACUUUUUGUUAGGCAAAUUUAGUUUAAGUAUACUUAUACAUACAGCAUUAAUUAGGAAACUAGAACUUGAAUACAUUCUACCCUUGCGUGAAAUUUCUGUGAUGUUUCUUUAUCUUGUUUAACUUUCCUCCCUUACUUUCCCCACCAAAAUUGGGAUUGUUUUAAGCAAUCCCAGUUUAAUUCAUUGUCAACAAAAUGAUGAAAUAUUUUGCUUGGAGGAAGUCUGGUGCAGUCCCUCACUUUGAAGAAUCCAAGAUCCAGGGUCUGCCCAGGAUCAAGUGGAAUCUCUGAUACUGACACAUUGCAGCAGGGUUUCUUUUUGGAGCAUUCAUUUGUGUCUCUCCUAGUCAGUCAGGGACUUUUUUUAAGCUUCAAAGUCUAUGAAGAUCUUCUGAUGACUUGAUUAUUUGGGAAAGUUUUUUAAAUGCUAAUACCAUGCUGAAUAUCUGGUCACAGUAAUACAGGUUCUCCAUUAAAUUUUAGAUGCUUUGUCUAAUUCCAUUUUGAGGUGAUUUGAGCUUCUGUAACUAUCAACUGCCAAAUUCUAGUUUCAAGCAUCUAGCUGCCGCUGUAUCAUCUGUUCUCUACUUUGCUUGAUUCUCCGUAUCUUUCUGGUCAGAGUUGAGGCCUUCUUUGCCCUUCUGUGUCUUAUUUCUGCCUUCAUCUCCUGCUUCUCGCCCAACUCUGCCACCAUUCAGGAGCAGGUAGCUAAACUUUUAUCGUUUCCUUAACUUACCUUUUGUCCGUUUCAGUUCUCCUUCCAGUGGUAAUCACAUCAGUUUGGCAAUCUAAGAUGUCUUGUUCAAGGGCCAGCCCUUUUCUAUUUGAAACUGAAUCCUUUCUUUCAUGUAGAAAUCUACAUGUCUAUACAAGAAAUGUAUUUUUUAUCUGUAGGAUAAUGUCUCAAAUUUAUUGAUAGAAAUAACUUUCCAGCAUUUUCCCUUUUAAGUGUGGUUUUGAAAUGUCAGUUGCCUUUUUAAACAUGAUGCAUUCAGUGAGCAUUUUUUCCCCCUAAUUAUGACUUGUCUCUGAAUGCAUUGUACAAAUCAAAAAUAAUGUAGGAUUCAAUACACAGGAUUUGCUUUUGAUGCUCAUUAAGAGUAAACCCGUGAUUUUGAAUUUUGAUAUCAUGCUUGGUACUUGGAAUUGGUAUAUACUUUAUUAAAGCUUGAAAAAACUAGUAUUUGAAUCCUAGGUUUCAUCACAAACCAUGUCUUUUGCCUCUUUUGUUAACCUUUAAUUACCCAGGUUCAAUCAAAGGGACUGGAUGCCCAUAGUGAUUUUUCCUAAUAGGUGGUUUGGGUCUUAACUUUAAGGUGUUUUCAAUGUGAUUUUAGUAAUUUAAGUGAUAAAUAAAAUUUAUACAAG